AUGAGGGAGAAGAUGGAGAAAGCUGCCCUGCUGCGUAGCCAUGAAAAUGGUGCGACCCAUUGGUUUAUUCUCUUUUUUAAAUAAAAAAAAUAGAUGAAUGUCAUAGUAGAUAUGUAUUCCUCUUCUUUUCACUUAAAUCUGCGCAACUGCAGACGACCAUACCAGAGCUGUCCAGGUGUACAAACUAGAAAGCCUGUUGUCUGUUUGAAAAUAUCGUAUUUUUCGCUCUAGAAGACGCACCAGACCAUAAGACACACCUAGUUUUUGGAGGAGGAAAACAAUGGGGAACAAAUUCUGAAUCUCAGAAGGCAGAAGAGCAAGAGGGAUCGCUGAGCAGUGAAAGCAGCAAUCCCUCUUGCUGUUCUGGCUUCUGGGAUAGCUGCGCAGCCUGCAUUUGCUCCAUAAGACACACACACAUUUCCCUUUACUUUUUAGGAGGGAAAAAGUGAGUCUUAUAGAGCAAAAAAUACGGUACCUAUUUUAAUUGAAAUGCUUACAUCUGUUUCAAAAGGCCUAAUGGCUAGACUUGAGACUGAGCUCAAAACCCAAAGGAGAGUUCCUAGGCAGUCUCCCAUUCAGCCACUGGUCUGAUCAAAUCGGCUUAGUGUCAACAAGAUAAAUUCAUUAUAUGCCUUUGGACCAUUCUCUGAGACUGAUAUCCCAAUGGGAAUAAUGCAGUUUCUUUUACAUUGGUAUUUCAGCCAACGUACUUUAGGUAUUUAUACUGCUGCACCAUUCGUAGCUGUCAACCGUCCCUUAUUUGGCAGGAAACUCCCUUAUCCCAGCACCGUGUCCCAGAUUGAUGAUGUCCCUUAAAUUUCCCGGGUUUCAAAGGAAGCAGCUCCUCUCCCUCCCUCCCUGCCAGCCAUGGGGGAGGGAGGCUCCAACUGUGUUGCUUGGCUGCGUUGCUCACCCAAUAAGGAGUCUAACAACGACUGGGGGAUGGAGCUUGCAUGCCUUGUGCCGAUCAAAUCGGCCGCGUUGCCUGGGGACUCGCCUUUGCUCAGCGCUUCCCAGCGGAAAGGUGACGGUGGUUUUCCUUGCUGCAUCCCCUUUGCCGGGUUGCUGCUGCUGGGUUGCUGUGCUGGGAACCACCACUUGAGGCUUUGUUUGGCUGCUGGCUGGGCUUUCUGCCUUUGGCUCAGAGGGGCUCAGAAGUUGAACAUACCUGUGCCCGGAAAAUCCCUUAUUUUGGCUGCUGAUCCCUUAUUUUCGAGGCUGCUGGUCCCUUAUUUUCAAAUCUGUAAAUUGACAGCUAUGGCACCAUUGGAUUUUAAUCUGAUGUAGUGGUUUUAUGGCUGUUGCUUAUUUUAGAGGAUUGUUUUAUUCUAUGAAGCUGUCCUUCGAGGUAUAAAAUAUCUAAACAUUUAAAGAGAAAUUAUGUUGAUGAUAACAGCUGAGAAAUGAGAAGAGAACAAAUUCUGCUUUGUUUAGAUUUAGGCAUAGAGGGACAAAGUCCCUAACUACUUAGGUGUUUCAUCAUCUUACCCUUUUUUUGAAAGUUAACAACUAAUAAGGAUGCCUUCAGAAAUUAAAGGCAAUGUGACAAAUCCACUACUAAAAUGUUUAUAAAAUUGAAAUGCUAUCUUAUUAACAAAUCAUGAAAACCUGGAUCUAAGGUGCCCCUGCCAAGUCCAAAGAACACCCUUUUAUAUUACACAGUCUCGGGUUUCAAGACAGACAGCAUUAGCAAAGCAGUCUAAUGAUGACAUUCUUCUCCCCUUGUUGGUCACUGGCUCUGCCCCUCUGUUGAAGAGCUACAGAACGAGAAUCUUUUGGCUCUUGCCUUUAGGCAAAGCUCUAAGCUUUUAUUACCUAGGAAGACAAGAAACACGCAACCAAUAAGUUGCAUUUUCAGCUCAAUUUGGAGAAACCACUUGAAGCAUCCACUGUGUUGAGCUAUUUCAAUUGCUUUUGUUUGAUUUGAUCAUUGGAAACAUCCAUAAUAAUAAUAAUAAUAAUAAUAAUAAUAAAUUUAUUUAUACCCCGCCCAUCUGGCUGAGUUUCCCCAGCCACUCUGAGCGGCUCCCAAUCAAGUGUUAAAAACAGUACAGCGUUAAAUAUUAAAAGCUUCCCUAAACAGGGCUGUCUUCAGAUGUCUUCUAAAAGUCUGGUAGUUGUUGUUCUCUUUGAAAUCUGGUGGGAGGGCGUUCCACAGGGCGGGUGCCACUACCGAGAAGGCCCUCUGCCUGGUUCCCUGUAACUUGGCUUCUCGCAGCGAGGGAACCGCCAGAAGGCCCUCGGCGCUGGACCUCAGUGUCCGGGCUGAACGAUGGGGUUGGAGACGCUCCUUCAGGUAUACAGGACCGAGGCCGUUUAGGGCUUUAAAGGUCAGCACCAACCGAAAGUCUGUAAAUUUUGAUAAUAAACCUGAUUUACAAUGGGGGUUCGAUUGCAGCUGUAACUUGGGUGUGGAAAUGAUGCCAUCAAUAAUCAUGUAUGUUGUCUGUGGGCUAGGUUUAUCGCAUGUUCUGUCUCUGGUCCUGCAUGAACUGAGUCUGUUCUAUAAGAGAGAUGUCAAUGGAGUUGGUGUCUUGUAUGACCUGCUGAGAUCUCCGUGGCUGCAGGCUCUCCUGAAGGUAAGAUCUCUUCCAGUGCGAGCAAAGUCAUUUGGCAGCUGUUAGUAUAUAGAAAUUUUCAGAGCUACCCAUUUCUUUCCAAUGUAGGGGCUGGGGUGAUUACCGUACUAGUCGCUCUAUAAGAUGCACCAGACGCCAAGACGCACCUAGUUUUUGGAGGAGGAAAACAAGAAAAAAAAUAUUCUGAAUCUCAGAACCCAGAACAGCAAGAGGGAUCGCUGCGCAGUGAAAGCAGCAAUCCCUCUUGCUGUUCUGGCUUCUGGGAUAGCUGCGCAGCCUGCAUUCGCUCCAUAAGACGCACACACAUUUCCCCUUACUUUUUAGGAGGGAAAACGUGAGUCUUCUAGAGCAAAAAAUAUGGUAAAUCAACGGAUGAAGAGAUAAUACAGCCCCCCCGCCAAUGAUCAAUAAUCAUUGCAGAUCCAUUCUGUAGAUGCAAGUAUAAAUUACCAUACUUUUCUGUGUAUUAGAGUACGGGUUUUUUACUUUAAAAUUACAGUGGUACCUCGGGUUAAGUACUUAAUUCGCUCUGGAGGUCUGUACUUAACCUGAAACUGUUCUUAACCUGAAGCACCACUUUUGCUAAUGGGGCCUCCUGCUGCUGCCGCGCCGCCAGAGCACGAUUUCUGUUCUCAUCCUGAAGCAAAGUUCUUAACCCGAGGUAAUAUUCCUGGGUUAGUGGAGUCUUUAACCUGAAGCAUAUGUAACCUGAAGCGUAUGUAACCCAAGGUACCACUGUAUGUGAAAGACUGUGGGUCGCCUUAUACACGGGGCACUCUCCACCCUAUUUUAUUAAAUUGGAGUCCCUAAAAAUAGGGGGCGUCUUAUACAUGGAGGCGUCUUAUACACGGAAAAAUACGGCACUUUUUCCCUCAUAUAAAAUACAGAAGGAUCCUUAAGCCUUAUCAAAAUGAUCGAACCAGUUCAGGCAAUCAACCUUCCAGCUUCCUGUCUGCAAACAUUUCCCAAACCCAGAUGUUUCCCAUUUAAACAUGAGAGUAUUAAGAUAUAAUUAUAAUUAUAAAUAAAUAAAUAAAUAAAUAAAGAAUUAAUUUAUUACUUAUACUCCGCCCACCUGGCUGGGUUCCCCCAGCCACUCUAACCCACAUCCUAUUUGAUAGUUUCAGGAAAUUUCAUAAUAAUAUUGGCACUGUAAGCAGUAUAUGAGUAUACAGGUAAGUGUUGGAGUUCUAAAAGAGGACACAAGCCUCUGGUAAAAUCUAUGGACAAUUUGGCUACAACCCAGACCUAACCAAGAUGCACCCUUUGGUGACAGAGGAAAAUCAGGGGCAUGUGAGCAAUGUUAGGAGAUUUGUUCCAUAUUACUAUGUUGUGGCAAUGGUAUAUUUCACCUUGAGCACUUCUACUCCUAGGUUUAUGAAUGUCUUCAUCUGUAUAUCAAAAGAAGACCAGUUCCACUCACACCACAGGCACGACCGCUGACCCACGAGGUGAGAUUGCAAGAUCAGAUUCAGACUCAAGUCACUGGAACAGAAAAUAACCCAACCGCUUGAUGGGCCUGGGCUUUCCGUUCCAAGUUAAUGAUCUCCAGAGGAGUAGCGUGAUAGCGUGUGAUUUGGUUUUUCUCUGUAUCGGUGAUCAAAUAUGUGCCUCACCAUUCAGCUGCUAACAAAAAGAUGGUGCUCUAUAGAUGAAAUUUGUUAGGUUGUGGGUGAACGUAUCAGACGACACAGCGAUUCUUCAAACAGCUCUUGUUUAUUCACAGGCCAGAACUGAACUGAACUGAAGGGUUCAGCCAGCCUGCUUAUAUAGAACUCCACUAGAACGCAACAGUAACCAUUUUCUGUAACUAUCCAAUCACUGAACGUCACUUUCAAUCCCUUAUUUGCAUAUGUGGACCUGAGUGAAAACUAUCUACAGUAUCCCCCUGCUGGCCCAGGGUGAGAACUUCAGUACAUAACAAAAUUAGUCUUCUUUGUGUCACCUUCAGGUGGUGGAGCUGUUGCGGGGAGUCCAACAGUCUCCGGAGGUUAAAGAGCUACGGCGACUUCUUCGAGGACCACACUUCAAGGCGAGUACCGACCAUGAAAUUACUCAGCAUUAAAGGAGAAAGUUUAGGAGUAGAGGGACGCGGGUGGCGCUGUGGGUUAAACCACAAAGCCUAGGACUUGCCGAUCAGAAGGUUGGUGGUUCGAAUCCCUGCGACGGGGUGAGCUCUCGUUGCUCAGUCCCUGCUCCUGCCAACCUAGCAGUUCGAAAGCACGUCAAAGUGCAAGUAGAUAAAUAGGUACCGCUCCGGCGUGAAGGUAAAUGGCGUUUCCGUGCGCUGCUCUGGUUCGGCGGAAGCGGCUUAGUCAUGCUGGCCACAUGACCCAGAAGCUGUACGCCGGCUCCCUCGACCAAUAAAGUGAGAUGAGCACCGCAACCCCAGAGCCGGUCACAACUGGACCUAAUGGUCAGGGGUCCCUUUACUUUUACCUUUAGGAGUAGAACGUGGUAGGGUUGUUAAUAUGCAGCAUACUCAGCGAAUAUGGAAACUCCAUCACUCUUCUCCCAACAACCCAAAAAAUACCAUAUCUGAUAUUUGGCAAGCAGAUAGCAUGCUAAAACUGGGAGGCCUCACUUCAGAUCCCUCACAAAUAGUCCAUUGAUUCAUUAUCUGUUAGUUCUCCUUUUGUAAAAGAAUGACAACUGGGAGGAAUGUUGUAUGAAGACAAGAUUCAUAUACCAGGUGAGGAUCACCUCUGGCGCAUCAGCUUUUGGGCAGAAUGGAAAUAAUAAUAAUAAUAAUAAUAAUAAUAAUAAUAAUAAUAAAUUUAUUAUUUAUACCCCGCCCAUCUGGCUGGGUUUCCCCAGCCACUCUCGGCUUCCAACAAAACACUAAAAUACAAUAACCUAUUAAGCAUUAAAAGCUUCCCUAAACAGGGCUGUCUUCAGAUGUCUUCUAAAAGUUUGGUAGGUAUUUUUCUCUUUGACAUCUGAUGGGAGGGCGUUCUACAGGGUGGGUGCCACUACCGAGAAGGCCCUCUGCCUGGUUCCCUGUAACUUGGCUUCUUGCAAUGAGGGAACCGCCAGAAGGCCCUCGGUGCUGGACCUCAGUGUCCGGGCAGAACGAUGGAGGUGGAGACGUUCCUUCAGGUAUGCUGGACCGAGGCCGUUUAGGGCUUUAAAGGUCAGCACCAACACUUUGAAUUGUGCUCGGAAACGUACUGGGAGCCAGUGUAGGUCUUUCAAGACCGGUGUUAUGUGGUCUUGGCGGCCGCUCCCAGUCACCAGUCUAGCUGCCGUAUUCUGGAUUAGAAAGAAACAAAUGACAGUAUCUGGAUGCAAAGAUGAUGCUAAACAUUGCUUGCCCCUUCUUCUUCUUCUUCUUCUUCUUCUCCUCCUCCUCCUCCUCCUCCUCCUCCUCCUCCUCCUCCUCCUCACAGGCCUUUCUGUCUGCUCAUGAUACGGUGGCCCAGAAGGACUAUGAACCAAUCCUCCCACCUCUGCCAGAUAACAUCCCUGAAAAUGAGGAGGCGAUGAGAAUAGUCUGCCUGGUGAAAAACAAGCAGCCCCUUGUAAGCUGGACAUUUGAUUCUAAACUUGUGCCGCCAGCUUAAGCAACUUUUUUUUCAGAUUAGGACAGCUUCACAAAUGAAGAGUUUUAACACGAGCUUUAAAAAUAUGAGAAAGGAGUAGGAUAUGCCCAUGAGGUGGUUUUCAUGAAGAACAGAUUUCACCGUGUAAGAGUCUUCCUUCCCCAACGUAGCGCUUAAGAGAGCUUAGGCAGCGCCGCAGUGAUCAGAGUAAUGUGAAUUAUUUGCUUUGCUUUCAGAUGCAGAGAGGUGCGUAUUUCCCUCUAUUGCAUGUCAAGACCUCGCAGCCACCCCCUCGUUGCAAAUAACUCACACAAGGACAUGGAUAUUAGGUUUAUGUUAUUGGGCAAAUUUUUGGCCACAACUUUAUUGAAAUUACAGAAUGUGAGCGGUAUUGGCUUAGGUAUUGAUCGGACCUGACUAUAUCUGACUCCUGCCCAUUGUGCAGGAAGUCCCCAGUAAGGGUAAGCCACCGGUAGGGGGAGUCCUGUCGAUGCGAACCAACUCAAGCUCCCCCUGGUGUUCCCGUCGGGGUCGUGUCAAGGCCUUAGCCCGCCAGCCAGGCUUCAGACUAGAACAACACCCCCGGAUUCCCUUAACGGGAUACCCUUAAGCAUGGAGGGGCAGGUGAUGGCCACACCUCCCCUCCCCCACACAAGGUCAAACAAUGCCUAACCGCAACCCUAACAAAGUUGUGACGAUUGCUACGAGGUAGGCGAAAAGCAAGUGGCCAGUUCCAAUUUGCCAAGUGGAAAAAAAUCCUACCAGGCCCCUCAGACAACCAAGGCGACCAACCGAAGUCCAUAGCAAGGUCAUUGCCUAACCUGUAAGAAAGGGAGGGAGGGCGGGUGACUGAGGAAGCGAGCCAAGAGGAAGUCCUCUGGUUCGCUCCUCCGUUUAAACGGCCCCUGCCAUGCCCCCCCAGCCAGCGGGUUGGCUGGCCGGGCUCUGACGUGACCGGGAUCCCCCAGGCAACGGGGGACAGAGUCCCCCGGUGGGGAGUGGGUGGCCACGUGGUCCACCGCAACUCCUCCCCACUGGGAAGUGGAGCGGAUCUGUUAGGAAGUUGUUACAUCUGCUGAGCUUUGAGGGCGGCCUUGUCGUGAAGCACUAGCCUGGUAGUCAUAGGUGGGCAAGGAAUUCCACGUAGAAGUCAAACAGGAUGCCUGAGGAGAGAUUCCUGCUGCUCCUCACCCAACUUAGAAAUGCAAUGGGCUGCUGCAGGAGAGAGAGCCCCAGCGGGUGCUAGCAACCUGUGUAGGCUUAUUAAAAGGCUGCUUCGGGGGUAAAGUAAGCUAGAGAAGAAAAGCGAUAUGGUUAGAAAUGUUACAGAAGGUUAUAUGUAAGAGGUGGAGACAUUGAGGAAAUCCAACUGUGACUAUUGCAUAUUUUUCCCUUACAAAAACCCCUCUAGUGCAGUUAAGCGUAUUAUUUUGCUUAUGUAGUGUAGGGACACAGGUGGCACUGUGGGUUAAACCACAGAGCCUAGGACUUGCCGAUCAGAAGGUCGGCAGUUCGAAUCCCCGCGACGGGGUGAGCUCCCGUUGCUCGGUCCCUGCUCCUGCCAACCUAGCAGUUCGAAAGCACGUCAAAGUGCAAGUAGAUAAAUAGGUACCACUCCGGCGGGAAGGUAAACGGCGUUUCCGUGCGCUGCUCUGGUUCGCCAGAAACGGCUUACUCAUGCUGGCCACAUGACCCGGAAGCUGUACGCCGGCUCCCUGGGCCAAUAAAGCGAGAUGAGCGCCACAACCCGAGUUGGCCACGACUGGACCUAAUGGUCAGGGGUCCCUUUACCUUUACCUAGUGUAAGGUAAUUAAAAUUGUUUCAUGAUAUAUAGGUAAAAAGAAUGCCAGCUGUUAGCAACAUCUGAUAUCUAUAGAAGGAGUGUGUGUGCAUGGAAUGAGGACUCCAGCCUUAAUGUUUCUAACAAUCUCUCACCAUUUGCAAUAAUAUUUAAAUACUUGCUGAAUUCUUUGUUUCUAUUUCAUUCACUUGUUCAGUGAUAUUCUCUCUCUCUCUCUCUCUCUCUCUUUCUCUUUCUCUCUUUUCCACCCUAGGGUGCCACUAUUAAACGCCAUGAGCUAACAGGAGAUAUUACUGUAGCGAGAGUAAUCCAUGGUGGAUUGGCAGAUAGAAGUGGUAAGAUGAAUUCUAAAAUACACAGCAAGGAAGGAAUGCUGGUUUGGGGGUGAUUUUUGUGUGUGCAUGUGUUAGGUUCUGUAAAUUGAUUUCUCUGCCAAUAUUGCCUCGCAUAUGAUCAUUGAUUCCCCUUGUCUAGAAUUCUGGCUAGAAUGCAGGCAUCCCUCAGAAGGGCAGAAUAUUUUUGUCCCUCCUAUUUUCUGGCAGAUCUCUCAAUGCCCUCUUUUCUAUCAUAGGGCUGUUAUACGCUGGAGACAAACUGGUCGAGGUGAAUGGAGUUCCAGUGGAAGGCUUGGAGCCAGAGCAAGUAAUUCACAUUCUGGUAUGAUAUUUACAUUUUUAAUACCUCCCAAUGAGAACAUCAGAAGGUGUUAAGUUGGUCCAUCCAUCCCUGCAUCUUUGGCACUCACCUGUAGACCCAUUCCUUCCCUCCUUUUCUUCUUUUAACUUUGCAAAAAGGGAGCAUGGAAGAUUUGCAGGGAAACGGUUUGCAAUUUUUAUACCAUCUUCCCAUAAAAACAUGCAAAUUUCAUUGACGUUUUCUCUAAAAUAUGCAUUUGAGUGCAUUUCUUUAAACAUAACAUACUUUUGCUGUUAAUAUUUUGGGGGAUGGAACUGCAUCAAAAAAAUCUAGAAAGGUGCAUCAUCCGGCCAAUACUUGCAUUUUGAUCUGCAAGCAGGUCUGGGAAUAUCAAAUCAGAUCAGUUCACGGGGAAAAGCAAACACCAGACCUGGUCUUGUGACACCUUAAAGGUUCAUGCAAGUUAUGCUGAAUUUCAGGACAUACUGUAUUAUAUACACAUGAACACACACACACAUGAUGCCGGGGGGGGGGGAUUGUCAGCAGGAAUACAUAAAGGAAAGGAAAUGCAGAAAAAUCCAGUCAAUGAUUGCGGUAUUAGCAGUGGUCAUUCACAAAAAAAAUCCAGCUGUGUUGAUACCACAUAAAUGCUGGCAUUGGUAAGCCAAUCAGCACAUGCAGUGUGAUUAAAAAUCCACUGACACAAGCCAGACACAACUGAUUUUCACUCUGCUAUGUGUGUUAAAUUGGAUUUCUGGUGCCAGGGUGUCUGUUGUUUUCAACACAGUUUUCAAGGACAGCACUUAACCCGAAUACCUGGACAUCUGGUUGAUUUUUACAAUUAUUAACUUGUAAUAAUUAAAAUGUAAUAAUUAAACCGAACACCCAAAAACCACAAAGACAGCUUUCUAUGCAAACAAAAUGUUUAUUGGUCCCCAUUGGCAAGCCCACACAAGUUAAUUCAGAUGAACCUAUUAAAAACUGAACUGUUCACCACCACCACCACCAUGCAUAAUCAAUAGCAUUCUUCCUGGGUUCUUUGGUGAUGUGUUAAUAAAAUCUCCAGAAAUGUCACCUAGCAAACAAAUUGCAUAAAUGUCAGAGGCCUUGGGGAUACUUUAAACAUUUUAUUUGAAUACUGCUUAUCUGCUCAAAAUGGUUUGCAGUUUAAAAUACUGGCUUGCAAUUCAAUGGACACACUACAAAACGGAAAGCAGGCCAGCAUAAGCAAAUUCAGGUAUCAUCUUCUUCUUUCUUCUCUUCUUCUUUGGCGAUCACUCAUAGCCGAGUAAGAGUCUUCCAUAAACACGGUUUUAACAAUGAUUCUUUAAGUGACUGUGGAGGCCAAUUCUGGAUCCACACGUCUUUACUCUGUGGGAACAUUGGUUUCCAGGCAGGAGUUGAUCACGGUGAGGGUUUGCCAAGCGUGCCUUCCUCUUAGCCCGUUUCUCCCUUGCGUUCUGAGUUUGAGUGCCUUCAAAGCCCAUGACACCUUUGGUAAAAGCUGUUCUCCAACUGGAGCGCUCGCAGGCCAGUGUUUCCCAGUUGUCAGUGUUUAUACUACAUGUUUUUAGAUUUGCCUUGAGACAGUCUUUAAACCUCUUUUGUUGACCACCAGCAUUACGCUUUCCAUUUUUAAGUUUGGAAUAGAGUAGUUGCUUUGGAAGACGAUCAUCAGGAGUCAGGUGGCAGCUGCCUCAGUUCUUCCUGGGGAAAUCUCUGCUGCUCAAAGCCUUAUUAGCCCCGAUAACCAAGAAUUACACACUUAAAAUGGCGUCGCUGUGAACUUUAUUAAUCCUGCCUUCACAGGAGUGUCUUUUUAAAAAUCUAGAACUGCUAAUCUGUUGGUUUGGGUGCUGAAAUACUAUGCAUUUGGCGUUUUUGCAGGCACUGUCGCAGGGAACUAUUAUGUUCAAGCUGAUUCCAGUUUCUGAUCGGCCAGUCAGCAAUCAAACGACGGUAAGAUGUGUUUAUUUCUCCAGGUCUCUGUGGCUGCAGAGAGUUAAUCAAAGUAAGUGUGGCUAAUCCAGUUAAUCCCAAAAGGAGAAUUGGUACUGUCAGUUCAACUCCCAUUCCUGAAAAGCCCACAAACAAGACCUGGGGGCAAUCAUGCUAUCCUGUUCCCAGCAGCUAGUAUUCAAAAGGAUGAUGUCAUAAUUUACUCCAUCUAAGGCAGGGGUCAGCAAACCUUUUCAGCAGGGGGCUGGUCCAUUGUCCCUCAGACCUUGUGGGGGCCGGACUAUAUUUUGAAAUAAAAAAAUGAAUGAAUUCCUAUGUCCCACAAAUAACCCAGAGAUGCAUUUUAAAUAAAAGGACACAUUCUACUCAUGUAAAAACACACUGAUUCCCGGACCGUCCGUGGGCCAGAUUUAGAAGGCAAUUGGGCCGGAUCCAGCCCCCGGGCCUUAGUUUGCCUACACAUGAUCUAAGGGCUGUCAAAUCUGUGCUGUUUAUAGAGACAUGUUACAGUGCAUCCAGAAGUAUACAAAGUCUUGAAGGCCCACUGGCUUCUAUAUGAACCUGACAGUUUAUGAUAUUCAGGAGCAAAGCUCUGGUGUGUCCUGCCAGUUUCUGAGUUACAUUUGGUAGGCAUGAGGAAAAAAGGCAUUUUCUGUGGCUGUCGCAUACUGCAGAAUUCUGUCCCUGGAGAGGCUUGUCCAUUGCCGAUUUUCAGGUCUUCCUUUCAGACAGGUCUUUGGCCUGUAAGAUUAUUUAUUUCAUGCUCUCCCUACUGUCAAAGGUGGAUUUAGGGCAGCAUAGCCGGUUCUGCCGCACUGGGUACUGAAUUUUGACCUCGCACAGGGCGCUGCUGAAAUUUGAAACACCAGAUUCCACCCUGAUCCUGUUUACAUUGUUAAUGUUUUAUCAUAUCAUGUUUUAGCCAUGCCUGUUGGGUUCUUCCCUUACACACAGCAGCCUUAAACCUAGUUCACAGACAGAUGGGAUGUAAAUAUUUACAAUAAGCCUUCUCUUUAUUGUAUCAGCUCUAUGUGCGAGCGAUGGCAGAUUACUGGCCCCUUCAGGACCCCGCUAUUCCGUGUGCUGACGCAGGACUGCCGUUUAAAAAGGGAGACAUUCUUCAGAUUGUGGACCAGAACGAUGCCCUGUGGUGGCAGGCAAGGAAAGUCUCUGACCUCAGUGCCUGUGCUGGACUCAUCCCCUCGAACCACCUUCUGAAGAGGUAGGAGAAACCAAUGGCAGCUGAAAAGAAGGUGGCUUUGUGGCUGAGUGGGGAUUUGAACCAGAGUCUACCUAGCCCUAGGUAAAGGUAAAGGGACCCCUGACCAUUAGGUCCAGUCGUGACCGACUCUGGGGUUGUGGCACUCAUCUCGCUUUAUUGGCCGAGGGAGCCGGCGUACAGCUUCCGGGUCAUGUGGCUAGCAUGACUAAGCCGCUUCUAGUGAACCAGAGCAGCGCACUGAAACGCCGUUUACCUUCCCGCCAGAGUGGUACCUAUUUAUCUACUUGCACUUUGACGUGCUUUCAAACUGCUAGGUUGGCAGGAGCAGGGACCGAGCAACAGGAGCUCACCCCGUCGCAGGGAUUCGAACCACCGACCUUUUGAUCAGCAAGCCCUAGGCUCUGUGGUUUAAUCCACAGUGCCACCCACGUCCCUUUUUUUUGCUAUUUAGUGUUAGAUCCUAUAACACUGGAACAGUAUAAACAAGAAAUGCGGUUGUAUUCCAGCAUAUGAGGAUGUGUAGGCAAAAAGCACGUAGGUUCUUCAUUUGGUUUCCUUUCCUGUUGCUUUGGGCUUCUUUGACACAUAGGGUGGAAGAGGCUAGUUUUCCAUCUUAUUAUCAUUCUGGAGCACAGGGAAUAAGAAUGCCCCGUCUGAAGUGGGACCCAUGGAAACUGCAUUCAUUCUCUUUUUAAGGAAGCAGCGAGAGUUCUGGUGGUCUCAGCCCUUGCAACCCCACACCUGCCUCAAAUCAACCAUACGUGAGUAGAAAGAUCCUCUGGCUGUGAAUAGCGGGUGGGGAAGCUUCUCUGAUACUUAUACUUCAUUUGCUGUAUGGUCUCCUACCAUUGUUGUUGUUGUUUAGUUGUUUAGUCGUGUCCGACUCUUCGUGACCCCCUGGACCAGAGCACGCCAGGCACUUCUGUCUUCCACUGCCUCCCGCAGUUUGGUCAGAAGUAGAUGUCUUUCUGGAACUCUCUAGCUUUCUCCAUAAUCCAGCGCAUGUUUGCAAUGUGGUUCCUCUGCCUCUUCUAAAUCCAGCUUGCACUUCUGGGAGUUCUCAGUCCACAUACUGCUUGAGCCUUCCUUGUACAGUGGUGCCUCGCAAGACGAAAAGAAUCCGUUCCGCGAGUCUCUUCGUCUUGCGGUUUUUUUGUCUUGCGAAGCAAGCCCAUUAGCGGUUUAGCGGAUUAGCGCUAUUAGCGGCUUAGCGGGCUUAGCGGAUCAGCUGAUAAGCGGCUUAGCGGAUCAGCUGAUAAGCGGCUUAGUGGCUUAACGGAUCAGCUGUUAAGCGGCUUAGUGGAUCAGCUGUUAAGCGGCUUAGCGGCUUGGGAAAAAGGGGGGGGGGAGGAAAAAACCCCCGCAGGAACUCGCAAGACAUUUUCGUCUUGCGAAGCAAGCCCAUAGGAAAUUCGUUUUGCGAAGCACCUCCAAAACGGAAAACCCUUUCGUCUAGCGGGUUUUCCGUCUUGCGAGGCAUUCGUCUUGCGGGGCACCACUGUAGAAUUUUAAGCAUAACCUUGCUAGCGUGUGAAAUGAGUGGAAUUGUGCGGUAGUUGGAGCAUUCUUUGGCACUGCCCUUCUUUGGGAUUGGGAUGUAGACUGAUCUUCUCCAGUCCUCUGGCCACUGCUGAGUUUUCUCCCACCAUUGACUAGAGCACAAAUCAGACCCCACCAUACAUUGAGGGGCAGCGACAAAACCCAUAGGGUGCAUCUAGCUCAAUACAGCCGUACCUUGGUUGAUGAAUGCCUUGCGACUCAAACGUUUUGGCUCCCGAGCGCCGCAAACCCGGAAGUGACUGUUCCAGUUUGCGAAUGGAACCCAAACGUCUGAUGGGGCUUCUGAUAGGCUGCAGGACUUUCCUGCAGCCAAUCGGAAGCCGCACCUUGGUUUCCAAACGUUUUGGAAGUCGAACUGGGUGCAGCUUUCUGGAGUUUCAGACAGGGAAAUCCUAGCUAUGGAAGACUGAACCAGCGAACUUCUGCUUGCAAAGCAAUUGCUAUGGUUCUUCCUGGUAUAUUUUCAUCUGUUGGAAGCCGUGUGUGUGUGUGUGUGUGUGUGUGUAGAGCAAAAGUUCUGGCAGUCUCCUUAACUCUCCUGUUUACUUUCUUUUUAAUUUCCUCCAUGGAUUUUCUGUGAGUAGUAAGUACUGUGGAAGAAGGUAAGCACAGGCGUCUGAAUGUCAUAUAUUUCCAUUUAGAUAUGCCAGGCAGUGGUGCAGUUAGGUAAUUUUCAUCUCUAGACUGAAUGGUCUGAUGGAGGAGAGAUCAUUAGAUGGUAAUGUACACAGACCUUCCAAGUGUCCCUAUUUUCCAGCGACAGUCCCGGAUUUACAGAAGUCGUCCCGGUUUCUGAUUUGAUCCCAGAAUGUCCCACUUUUCCUUAGGACGUCCCUAUUUUCAUCAGAGAAGUGUUGAGUUAUGCGACCCUGGAGCCAAGGAGAUGUAACUAUACAACUUUUAGAAGACAUCGGAAGGCAGCCCUGUUUUUAAAUGUUUAAUGUUUUAUUAUUUAUAUAUCUGUGUGUUGCAAGCUGUCCAGAGUGGCUGGGGUACAAAUAAUAAAAUUAUUAUUAUGGAAUUGGAUGUCACUAUAUUCACCGGAGAAAUGUUGGAAGGUAUGGUGCACAUUUACUUUGAAAUGUGUCAAGCCAGCCUUGUUUCAUUUUGUGGUCCUCCUUCUCCUCCUCCUCACGUUUAAAGCCAGAUUAAAUCUGCACUUUUGGAAGCAACCUGAGAACUGAAUCACAACCACCCUUCAGUAUUUGCGCUUAUCUGAAUUUUGCAGGGUAGUUGUCCAACCAAACAAUGCUUACAAAGCUGCAGACAUUAGGGGAACAUGUGCAUUAAAAAAUGAAUAUAUUAGUGAAAAAUGACACACUAAAAUGCAUUCUGUUAGGAGAAAUUGCUUGCAAAAAUGAACACAUUUAGUAAAAGCUGCGUACGAAAACGUGUUUGUUCGGAGAAAUUUGCAGUGAAAUGCUGGAAGAUUUUCAUGCGGAUUUUAAAAAAAAGGGCAAACUUCUACAGAAAAACAGGGAAGUGAAUUUAAGACUCAGUUUAAAUUCCAAUUUAAUGGUGAGCAACUGAGAAAACUGAAAUGGACUGGUUUUUCCAUCCCUAGUGAAAUGUAGCCUCAGUCUAAAAGAAAAUUAGACGUACCUAAUAUCUGAAGAAGUGUGCAUGUACACGAAAGCUUAUAUCCAGAACAAACUUAGUUGGUCUCUAAGGUGCUACUGGACAAUUUUUUAAUUUUUUAAUUUAUUUCGACUGCAUCAGACCAACAUGGCUAUUUACCUGAAUUUAGACAUACCUGUUAAUGUUCCCAACCCCUACAUUGCACCGUGGUGUAAUACUGAAACGCCAGAGAAAAUUGAUAGAAAUUGGAUCUCUGGUUGGAUUAGUGCUUGUUUCUGUCAUUGUGUGAGGUUAAAAGCAAACAUACUCAUGGCCUGUUUUUGUUUCUGCUUGCCAUUUUUUCCAUACAACAAACAGAAGAAGACAUGCAGAUUGAUGAGAAAUGUGUAGAAACAGGUAAUUGACAUUGGGUUUGGGUGGGUGGUUGUUGUUGUGCAAAAGGGACCACAAACCUGGGUAUAAGUGAAAUGUUCUAUUAAAUUAUCUCAGAUGGAACAUGCAAAAUAAAGUGUGUGUUUUAAUUUUUUUAACGUGUUAUCAUUCUGGUUUUAUCAGCUGAUGCUCAUAAUAAAGAUAACCAGCAGGAGAAGUAUAACUUUUGUAAGGAACGCUUGAUUACGCAGUUUAAGCCUCUCUUGUGACUGUUUCACAAGUCUCACAAGCUGAAAAGCUUUCCUCCCUACCAAGCCGUUUUUUGAGCUUAUGGAUAUUAUUUGUACAGCAAGGAAUUCAAAUGGGCUGAAGGAUUAGUGUUUCCCUGUUCCUCUGCAGAUCUAAGGAGGCACAUGGUAGUCAUUUUUGUUAUAGCGGAGGCACAUAUCGUAUUUUUCGCCCCAUAGGGCGCACCGGCCCAUAGGGCGCACCUAGUUUUUUGGGGGGGAAAUAAAGAAAAAAAAAUUUAUUUCCCCCCCAGGCGCGGGGCUGGGGCGGGGGAAGCCCGAGCUUCCCCCGACCCCAGCCCCCAGAACAGGCUGCUAUCCGCAAGCCUGGGGAGACCGGUGCGACUUCCCGCCGGGCUCCCUAGGCUUGCGGAUAUCUGCCCGAAGCCGGGGCACACUGCUCAGCGCGCCCCAGGCUUCGGGAUGCAGGCUGCUGUCCGCAAGCCUUGGGAGCCCGACAGGAAUCCCGCAGGCUCCCAAGGCUUGCGGAUAGCUUCCUGAAGCCUGGAAGGCGAGAGGGGUUGGUGCGCAUCGACCCCUCUCACUCUCCAGGCUUCAGCGAAAGCCUGCAUUCGCCCCAUAGGACGCACACACAUUUCCCCUUCAUUUUUGGAGGGGGAAAAGUGCGUCUUAUAGGGCGAAAAAUACGGUACCUUGCAGACGCUCUAUCUAAAGGAUGCCUUCUCCUGCCAUGCCUAAAACAUGGAGAGUGGCAAAUCUAAGAGUACAGUACCUGGAUAAGCAGAAUGUGGGUUGGUGUGACUUACAUUACUAAAUAUGGAAAAAUGCAAAAACGAAACAGUCUUUUGAGCGGGGGGACCUCAUGCUAAAUUGCAUCUUCUGACCUGCUUGCUCAUAAAUGGAGAAGGGAUAAUAUGGGCUGGAUGUAGAGUUUCAACAAGAGGAGUUCUGCUCCUGAGAUGCUGUCUCUAGAAGAAAAUUUCAUCCGAUUCCUUGUGCAUCUUGAAAAGCUUCUCUGCAGGGUUGGAAGAGUAAGGGAGACAGCAUGAAUGACUGCAGUGGAAAGGAGGAUUUGAUGAAAGUCACCUGCCUUUCUCAUGAACUCCUGUCCCUUCCGUUUGUGAAAGGGAACUCUGGGAACAAUCCUUUGAGCUAAGGAUGAGUUCAAGCAGACUCUCUGAAACUGGCCAAACUUGCAUGAGCAUGGACAGUGGGGACUGUACCUCUGAUCUAAUAUGCUGAGUCUGUUAUUCCUAAUUCAGUGGGGAAUGCUUCUAGUUCAGAUUGUUGAAUGAGUGUGAAAUCAGAGCAUUCCUUGUUAAGUUGUGGGUGAACAUAUCAGACAACACAGCAAUUCUUCAAACAACUCUUGCUUAUUCACAGGCCAGGACAGAACUGAACUGAAGGGUUCAGUCAGCCUGCUUAUAUAGAGCUCCAGUACAAUGUAACUGUAACAAUUUUCUAAAACUAUCCAAUCACUGAACGUCACUUUCGAUCCCUUAUUUGCAUAACUAUCUACAGUAUCCCCCUGCUGGCCCAGGGUGAGAACUUCAGUACAUAACAUUCCUCUUAAUAUCAAAGCCACCACCAAUUUUACAAAGCCAUUUCAUAUUCAUUGUCUCUCUAGAUAUAAAACCUUGGAGGGCUUUGUAUGUUGCAUUGAAUGACGUUAUCCAACACUGAAUCAAAAUAUUCUGGAUCUCUUCUUUUUUCCCUCCUUUACUCGGGCUGUAACAGCUGUGCUGGGGAUGCAGUUUGGAUUGAAAUAAGUGUGGGGCAAAAGGUUUAAGUGCCCUGUCCCCUCGGUGCCGCUGCUGCAAUCCAAUUUGGUGCCCAUCCCCACAGCGCAGUUGCUUUUAACUAAAAAUAAGAUCCAAUUAUGGCUCUGUCCUGUAAUGUGCACUUUGGCCCCUAAGCACGGAUCAGAGGCGGAAAUGAGAAACUAAGUGUGUCUUGUUGCUGUGGGGUUGCGAAGACCUUUUUGAUGGGGUGAGUUUUAAUUAUCUUAGAUGAGGAUAAUACUGAAAUGUAUUUGCUAUUUUUGCUCCCUGGGUGACUUAAAAGACGAGGAGACUUUUGAGUCUGGUAAGUAGACUUCUUUUGGCAAUUUUGUGUUGCUGACUAUACUUUUCCUAAUGAUAAUAAGCAUGUGAUGGAGGUGAUCGGUUUCAUUUUAAAAGUGUACUGUGGGAUCCACGUGUGCGUUUGGAAAGCCGUUUGCCGUCUCAGGGUUUUCUGAGCCAGAUCUGGAGAUAUUAAUCACCAAAAUGAAAACACAUUUGAGACCAGCUGGGCUAUCCUCUCCGCGUUCGUUCAGUUUUGAAUGACUCCCAUACAUACGGUGAAAAUUGCCAAACCACGAACGUGUUACGAGAGGACAGCUGGAAGAUAAUGAGAUUACAUUAUAUAAGUGUGAUUGAAGAGCUAAUCUACUUCAUGGCCUCCUUAUUACUCCUGAUGAUGGAGGAGGAUCCCUUUUGACACUUGGAUACUAGGAUGAAUUUGCACAUUAUAUACAAAAGUAGGGCAGGUUUAUGUGAAGCUUAUCUGUCUGUAAACUGAGCAGAUCGGGCUUAAAGCAACUGAGAACACCCAGCAGUGAGAUCAUGCUUCCUUAACAAGCAAAUCUUGAGCGGUGGUCCUGUUUUGUUUUUUUACAUGGUUCAGAUUGUUAGAACAAAUCAGAAUGUAUGCUUGUAGUUUUCCAGUGCAUCUGCAGUGACUUCAGUACACUGCAAUCCACAAAGCUGUGUGGAGACCAUAACUGAUAAAGCUGGGAGACUGAUUUUCAUAAGUUUUAAGGCAACUUGUGGAAAGAACUCUGUACACACAAUACCUUAAAAGCACAUUCUUUCCCUCAAUUCUGGGCACUGUAGUUUGUUAAGGCUUGCUGGGAAUUGCAAUUUUGUGAGGGGUAAACUACAGUACGGGACGCGGGUGGCGCUGUGGGUUAAACCACAGAGCCUAGGACUUGCCGAUCAGAAGGUUGGCGGUUCGAAUCCCCGCGACGGGGUGAGCUCCCGUUGUUCAGUCCCUGCUCCUGCCAACCUAGCAGUUUUGAAAGCACGUCAAAGUGCAAGUAGAUAAAUAGGUACCGCUCCGGCGGGAAGGUAAAUGGCAUUUCCGUGCGCUGCUCUGGUUCACCAGAAGUGGCUUAGUCAUGCUGGCCACAUGACCCGGAAGCUGUCUGCUGACAAACACCAGCUCCCUCGGCCUAUAGAGCGAGAUGAGCACCGCAACCCCAGAGUCGGUCACGACUGGACCUAAUGGUCAGGGGUCCCUUUACCCUUUACCUUUACCUUUAAACUACAUUACCCAGAAUUCUUUGAGGGGGGAAACGUGUUUCAAAUAUGCUUUAAAGCUUUGGCAUGUCCAUAGCCUAAGAGGUGAAGGACGCUUCCAGACAAACCUGUUCACUGAGCAUUCAUCCUGAUUUCUUCGUGGGGAGGUUAGAUGAUGUUACAUCAAGCAUCUUUCUCGCCAUUCUCCAUCACUUUCCUUACUGCAAAAAGUAAGGAAGCGAGUUUAUUGUGCAAGACCUCUCGGCCAACUGCAGUCGCAAAACCUGAACUGGUAUGGGAUGGAAUCCCACCUCAAAAUAGCACCCAAAUUUUAGAAGUCAUAGGGAUUUUUCAAAAUGGUGAGAUGUGAUUUGAGACAGAGGACAUCUGUUAAGAAGCAUUGAUAAGUCGCCUGUGAAGAGCUGGGAUGUGAAGUGUUCACACUGAGGGGGAACUGAAGCAGGUUGCAAAGUCUGCAGUCCCUGGAGAAAGAUGGUGGAUGUGAUUGGUUGCUAGAUAUUUUGAAAGUACUAGUAAGAAAUUCUUGCUUUUGUAUAAAGUAGCUCUAGUUAUACUUGAAUUAUCUACAUGUUCCACUAUACUGCUUUGGAUGUGAAUUUCACAGACCUGAUUUUUUAAUAUGCCCUCCUGUUUUUAUUUUUUUAUGCAACAAUGCCAGAGGAGCUUAAAGAAGGUAACUUUGAAUUCCCCCCCCUUUCCCUCCAGAUUCCCCAAAGUAGGUUGUUGGUCAUUUCUUUAUGGCUUAGAGAUGUCAGAGACUUAUAUAUUGAAUUGCCUCCUUCUAGUCAUGUCAGGUAUAUAUGCAGAGAAAUUAUGGGAUGGACCCGAGCAGGAACAUGGAUGCACACUUAGCAAAUGUAUGUUAACCAAAUGAUAACACAUUUGUAUGAACUAAGCACUAACCAACCCUUAUGUAAGUUAAGGUUCUACAGAACCUCUUUGGAAAUAUGAGGAAAGGUUUUGUGGUGUGUGUUUGUGUGUGUGUGUGUGUGUGUGUGUGCGCGCGCACACGUGCUUUGACUAUUUGGUUAGCAUGUUAGGACGGUGGACAAAUAUAUUAGCUGCUUAUUUUUGCACCCGAGUGCUUCCGUGGCAUAUUUCAUGUGUGGUCAGAAAAUAAAUACAGUCCUCAGCCAGUUUUUAACACGUAAAAAAUGGUCCCAUAUUUCUUUCUUUCUUACCUGGAAGGAUAUUUCAGGGCAACUUAUGCAGCCUGAGUCCUUAGAAAGAGAAGAUGUCAUUAUUAAUAUUUAGUUUUAUUAUUGCUCAGCAGGGCAAUAUUCACCAGCAGGUCCCAGGGCACUAACAACCAUUUACAGUUUUAAAUAGUAGUUUUAAUUAACUGUUUUUACUAAUAAUUUUAUUGCUUUGUUCUUUUUAAAAACUGCUUUGAGGGGUUUUGAUUUUAUGCAAUAAAAUAUAUAAUUAAAGUUCAGAAUGAAAAAGAGCACAAACUGCAGUCAGGGGAGUAGGGUGGGUAUUGAAAACACACGCAUCUCAGGUGUCAUGUUGAAGAUGACUGGUGCCUCCUGUUAAAAAAAAGAAAGAGGUUUAUUUAAAAAUAUAUUUAUUUUAGCUAGUUAGAUAUUGCUUUAGUAUUGUGAUUUCUAAGCAGUGGGCAAAAAACCAAAGCAAUAAAAAUUGAUCAUAAAACUGAGCAAUAUCGAUCAAGAGUAGGCAGUCUCAAAACAGAAUCAGAAGCCACAUGGCUUCUGUUGCCACAUUCAGCUGCCAUUAUUUGGCCACUGGGCCCACAAAUAGGCUGGGCAAGCCAAUUUCAUAACAAUUCUCCACCCUUGUGUGCUUUCUUCUACUUAGGCCAACCUAACUGACAAUUUGGAAAGCACUUUUUUUGAUUUACCAUCAACUAGCAAGCGAAGAAGGUCGGCGGUUCGAAGCCCCGCAACGGGGUGAGCUCCCAUUGCUCAGUCCCUGCUCCUGCCAACCUAGCAGUUCGAAAGCACGUCAAAGUGCAAGUAGAUAAAUAGGUACUGCUCUGGCGGGAAGGUAAACGGUGUUUCCGUGCGCUGCUCUGGUUCACCAGAAGCGGCUUAGUCAUGCUGGCCACAUGACCCGGAAGCUGUAUGCCGGCUCCCUGGGCCAAUAAAGCGAGAUGAGCGCCGCAACUCCAGAGUCGGCCACGGCAGGACUUAACCGUUCAGUUACUAUAAUGAGUAUGGGUUGCUCGUGCGUAAGUUGCCGCCUCUCCAGGCUUUGUUGCCUUGGUAAACCUUUCAGUCUGGGCAGCCCUUCACUUCGUGGCUGCCUCAGUCGCUAGCAGAAUCUGGUCAGUGGGCGUUUCUUAAAUCUUUUCCAACAUAAAAGUUGUUUGACACCCAGUCUCCUCCUACUCUCUCUGCGCGGAAGUCUUCUGGGCAGGGUGGGCGUGGGUAGCGGGGGACCAGUGCUCUCCCGCUGGUGUCCGGUGAAGAGUCCUGGAGCCCUCUCGCCGAUUCCCCAUCAGCCCCUCCUUAUCCCUGGUGUAGCGCUGAUUUGCUUCCCCAUCUGCGGAGCUGCCUCUCUCCCUGCUGGGCCCUUCUCCAGCAUCAUUUGAGAGCCUUCCCUCUGCCUCUAGCUCCGAUGUCAGUUCCCUGACAGUUACCUUUACCUAUUUAGAGAUGUAGUACCUCUGAACAUCUAAGGACGCAGGUGGCACUGUGGGUUAAACCACAGAGCCUAGGACUUGCCGAUCAGAAGGUUGGCGGUUCAAAUCCCCGCAACAGGGUGAGCUCCCAUUGCUCAGUCCCUGCUCCUGCCAAGCUAGCAGUUCGAAAGCACGUCAAAGUGCAAGUAGAUAAAUAGGUACCGCUCCAGUGGAAAGGUAAACGGCGUUUCUGUGCGCUGCUCUGGUUUGCCAGAAACGGCUUAGCCAUGCUGGCCACAUGACCCGGAAGCUGUACGCCGGCUCCCUCAGCCAAUAAAGCGAGAUGAGCGCCGCAACCCCAGAGUCGGUCACGACUGGACCUAAUGGUCAGGGGUCCCUUUACCUUUAGCAAGCGAAGCACAAAUCGAGAGAGGGCUAUUUCUUAAAACUGACGUGAGACAGCAACUUAGGCAUAUAAGAAACAAGAGCUUAAAACGUUCUGUUGUGAAGGGCUGCUGCUGUUGCGUUGUCGUUUUUAAAGUAUAGCUUUUUCUACGGUAUUUUGGGUGUAGUAAAUCUGGUCUCUUACAUCUUUUUGGUUGCACCCUUAGGCAUUAAAACAAUACUAGCUGCAUCUUUUGUAUGAAAACAGGUAAAAUCCUGAAGUUUGAUAAUCGGUCUGGCUUUUCAUUAUUUGUCUGACUUUAAAAAAAAUGUUGCUUUUUUCACAUUGCAGAAGAGGAAGAAUUCAGUGGAUCUGGCAAGCGGGUCUUCAUUAGUACGUGGUUGUAUUGAGAGACUGGAGAAUUGCUGUUUGCUGUUUCUGCCUGUGAAAGUAGUUCCUUGUCGUUGUGUUUGAGGUGUAUUCACCUUGUGCUUUCUUCCUGAAUGUUCCUUUACUUGCUCCCUCUUUGCUGCGAGGGAGAUGAUCAUUUCAAUUUUAGUGAAAUCCCUAAUAUCCCUAGAGAGCCAGCGUGGUGCAGUGGUGAAGAGCAGUGGACUCGUAAUCUGGUGAACUGGGUUCACUUCCCCGCUCCUCCACAUGCAGCUGCUGGGUGACCUUGGGCCAGUCACACUUCUCUGAAGUCUCUCAGCCCCACUCACCUCACAGAGUGUUUGUUGUGGGGGAGGAAGGGAAAGGAAAAUGUUAGCCGCUUUGAGACACCUUAAGGGGAGUGAAAGGCGGGAUAUCAAGUCCAAACUCUUCUAAUAUUAUCCUGACCAUUAAGCUUGAAGUAAGAUCUGAAGUCAGUUAAUCCAAGUCCACUGCUUCAUUUUAAGCCUCUAACCAGCCACUCUUCUGUGCAGUUCUGUUUUGUAGUUCUAGUAGUAGUAGUUGUAAUAAUAAUAAUAAGAAUUUUAUUAUUUCUACCCCAUCCAUCUGGCUGGGUUUCCCCAGCCACUCUGGGCAGCUUCCAACAAAAGAUUAAAAAUACAUUAAAACAUCAGUCAUUAAAAACUUCCCUAAACAGGGCUGCCUUCACAUGUCUUCUAAAUGUCAGAUAGUUGUUUAUUUCCUUGACAUCUGAUGGGAGGGCAUUCCACAGGGCGGGUGCCACUACCGAGAAGGCCUUCUGCCUGUUUCCCUGUAACUUGGCUUCUUCCAGUGAGGGAACCGCCAGAAGGCCCUCAGCGCUGGACCUCAGGUUGAACGAUGGAGGUGGAGAUGCUCCUUCAGGUAUACUGAAGGUAUUCUUCCCUGCUAAGCCGCCUCUCCAAUAGGUUUAUAGCUCUCGUGGUUCCCUCUGCCUGAUAAAAACGGACAAAUUUCCACCAACUUCAGAGACUCCAAAUUGCUUAGCUUUUCAGAAAGACCCACUAAUUCCUGUGAUUUCAUUCUAAUCUAAACCAUCCUGAGAAUUGCAUUAAAUGUUGACAUACCUGCCCGCAGACUGUCUCACCAGAGUGGUGCAUGCUCUAGUUAUUUCCCGCUUGGACUACUGCAAUGCGCUCUAUGUGGGGCUACCUUUGAAGGUGACCCGGAAAAUACAACUAAUCCAGAAUGUGGCAGCUAGACUGGUGACUGGGAGCGGCCGCCGAGACCACAUAACACCGAUCUUCAAAGACCUACAUUGGCUCGCAGUACAUUUCCGAGCACAAUUCAAAGUGUUGGUGUUGACCUUUAAAGCCCUAAACGGUCUCGGCCCAGUAUACCUGAAGGAGUGUCUCCACCCCCAUCGUUCUGCCCAGAUGCUGAGGUCCAGCGCCAAGGGCCUUCUGGCGGUUCCCUCAUUGUGAGAAGCAAAGCUACAGGGAACCAGACAGAGGGCCUUCUCAGUAGUGGCACCCCCCCCCCCGUGGAACGCCCUCCCACCAGAUGUCAAGGAAAUAAACAACUACCUGACAAUCAGAAGACAUCUUAAGGCAGCCCUGUUCAGGGAAGUUUUUAAUGUGUGACAUUUUAGUGUAUUUUUGGUCUCUGUGGAAGCCGCCCAGAGUGGCUGGGGAAACCCAGCCAGAUGGGUGGGGUUAUUAUUAUUAUUAUUAUUAUUAUUAUUAUUAUUAUUAUAGCUACAGUUGGAAGUGGUGCACAAUUUUUACCACCUCAGUGAGAACUAGACCCAUGGAUAUUGGCCAUCAGAUCUAAGAACCCGUGCCUUCAGGGAGAGCAUAGCUCUGAAUAUCAGAAGUUGCAGGUCAGAGAUGAAAUUUUUUUAGCCCUCCCGAUGUGGUUGAGACUCCAUCUCUUCCCCACCCCAGCCACCAUGGCCAAAUGGUCAGGAAUGAUGAGAGCCCAACAACAUCUGGAAACCCACUGGCUCCUCAUCCCUUCUGCAGACAAAAUAGGGACUAAGCAUCACUUCCAUGGCCAGCUCGUCAACUGUUCAGAGGCCUUUGGCUAGCUGCUCUUGGAAUGGAGUAGCCAUUGAGAUGGACUACAGUCAAUUCCAGAAAAUGUUAUUUUCACAGAAACUGCCAUCAGCUUCCAAGGCUCACCAAACGGCAUGCAGGGAAUUUAAAUUCAAAUAUUUAAAUUUUAAAGUAUUUCUAUACAGUGGUACCUCUAGUUACGGACUUGAUCCUUUCUGGGGUGCCGUUCUCACACCGAAAAGUCCGUAACUAGAGCGCCGCUUCUGCGCACGCACACAGCACGAUAGAGCGCUUCUGCGCAUGUGCAAAGCGCGCAGAACGCUUCUGCGCACACGCACGUGGUGAAACCCGGAAGUAUACACUUCCGGGUUUGCCAUGUUCGCAAGCCGAAAAGAGACAGCAUGAACCUCAUGCAACACGAGGUAUGACUGUAUUUAAGUACAGUCCUACCUCAGGUUGAAGAAGCUUCAGGAUGAGUAUUUUCGGUUUGUGCUCCGCGGCGACCCGGAAGUAACGGAGUGUGUUACUUCUGGGUUUCGCCUCUCGUGCAUGUGCAGACACUCAAAACGACGUCACGCGCAUGUGCGGCAGCAGCAAAUUGCGACCCGUGCGUGCGGGUUGCGUUCGCUUCAGGGUGUGAACGGGGCUCCGCAACGGAUCCUGUUUGCAUCCAGAGGUAUUUAAAUGGGGAGCUUGUCACAAGCGAUCUUCAAAUAUCUAAACAUUGAAGAUGGAGCAAACUUGCUUUCUUCUGCUCUGGAGGGUAGGACUCGAACCAGUGGAUGCUUUAGCCGAGAUCCCUGCAUUGCAGGGGGAGGAACGAGAUUACUCCGGGGGGGGUGUCUUUUCCAAUGCUACAAUUCUAUGAGUUGUAGAAAUGUGGGGGGAGAACAGCUCUUUCUUGGACUUGAGAGGCCAGACACAAUAAUGUGGGAGGAGAGCAGCUCUGUCUUGGACCUGAGAGGCCAGACACAAUAAUGUGGGAGGAGAGCAGCUCUGUCUUGGACCUGAGAGGCCAGACACAAUAAUGGUCUAUCAGUCUGCUAGGAUGGGGAGUUUCAGGUUAUGAUGUGAUGGGGUGGGGGGGCCAUCUGAGGCGCCAGAAAUAUUGCAGGCAGGCCCUGCUAACCGAUCAAGUGUGCCCAUCCCAUUCCUUCCGUGACCAGUGCUCCAUUCUCCAUUCUCAGCCGGUUUCCGGAGAAGUAUGCGCCUGUGCCGCAGGAAAUGCCGUAACAGCCACCUGCCAUGCUACACCCGGUGCCCCAGCGGCUGCUACAGUGCCGCAGCAGCACCUUAUGAAGAAGUGGUGAGGUACCAGAGGCACCCUGGAGACCGAAACAGAUUAAUUGUGCUAGUAGGUGAGUUGCAACAAGUUGCCUACAACUUACCUAGUUACUGUUAGGAUCGUCCUACUCUUGUGUAGGACCCUGGUAGAGACACAUGCCUGACUGGCAUGUUCUCUUCCACCUGGUCGGUUGUUCGGGAGCUUCAAAAUCUUUCUUCUGCGGCUGAUACCAAAAGGCGUUAGCACGCUUAGGGGUCCAUAGAGUAUUCACAGUUUGUGUAACAGAACUCAGUAGCACAGCAUUUUGGCUAAUCGACGUUUAUUUACAUAUAAUACACUCGGAGCAUUCUGACUUAGCUCCUUCCUCUUUCUCAUCAGACAGCAAAGAGAGAAAGAAAGAAAGAAAGGACAAUAGUCCCACUUCACAGAACACAGUAAUGCUGUGCUGGUCCCGGGGGGAAGGUUACCGUUGGCGAGGUCAACAAGUCUGGAAACAGUUCACAAAGAGCGAGGCAGGGUCCGAAGCAGGAAGCCGGGCGGGUAUGGGAACACUGGAAGGACAGGUCUGGGUCCGGGCAGGAGCAGGUAUUCAACAACGGUGCUCCCACAACCUGGGACCGGGCUGACUGGCCUUUAUCUUCUCUGAGGCCAGGGGCGGUCCCGGCCCCCAGGAGACCCACCUCUCCCGGCCUUAAGGCGAACACUCCUCCUGGGAGAAACCAGUUCCCUCCGCCUCUCUGCCCUGAGCCUCUGCAGCUCAGGAGAGGCUGGGGAGUUACUGGACCCAGGGGGAGACUCACCUUCCUCUGGCAGGGCCGGGAGAGGCGCACCUGUAGGCACUGUGUCCUCAAUCACCUCCGGAGCUAGAGUGGAAUCACCUGGUGUCUGCUCCUGAGGAUCCGGCACAGGUGCAGGCGCUUCAGAUCCAAGGCCCCGCCCCAGCUCAGCCGGCCCUGGAGGCGGGGACUCCUGUGCAGGCUGGGGUUCCUCCGGUUCAGCCUCUGAAUCGGAUUCCCAGGCCAUCACAAAUACCAAACAUCCUGUCUCCGUCACUUCCCACACUGUGGAAUGAAAACAUACACCGUCAUGUGAUAGACAACAAUCUCAUGACUGCAGACACAGGGAAUGAAUCUCCAACAUCCUCCCCCGAUUCAUGAACUGUGUUGUAGUCAUCAAUGUAACUGCAACAACCAUACAGAUGUCAUACACACAGUAUACCCCUGUAUCACCCGUUCCACUCUUGGAACUACCUGCAACUGGAUUGGCCUUGGGCCUUUACCAUCUUGCACAUCUGACUAGUCUUGGUAUCAUAGCUCUCCUGACUAUCAAGAAGUUUCACACCAGGCUUUGUUGGGACCUUGAACCCUAGCCUCGUUCCUCUCUGAGGAAUUGGUGUUGACACACACACACAGCCUUUGGGCGUGGUUUCCUGUCCUUCGAGGACAAACCCUGUACCCCUUUCAAGACUUCGGGUUCCAAGAUCUGUGUCGAGCCACUAGCCACAGCUAAAUCUGCAACAGCUGUAUUAGCAAACUCCUGAGCAUACCUGGUGGUAGCUGCCUCAGAUCUGCACAUCAGGCGCAUGUCCUUCACUAUAUCAGUGGGACUCACCUCACCUCAUAACUUCCCUUGAAUUUGUACAGAGAAAGUACAGGCGUACCUUAGCGAUAUCGCGAGUUCAGUUCCAGACCACUGCAAUAAAACAAAUAUUGCAAUAAAGCAAGUCACUUUUUUUUGUUUCCCAGUGCAUGUAAAAUUUAUGUUUACACUAUACGGUAGUCUUAAGGGACGCGGGUGGCGCUGUGGGUUAAACCACAGAGCCUAGGACUUAACAAUCAGAAGGUCGGCGGUUUGACAGGGUGAGCUCCCGUUGCUCGGUCCCUGCUCCUGCCAACCUAGCAGUUCGAAAGCACGUCAAAGUGCAAGUAGAUAAACAGGUACCGCUCCAGCGGGAAGGUAAACGGUGUUUCCGUGCACUGCUCUGGUUCGCCAGAAGCGGCUUAGUCAUGCUGGCCACAUGACCCGGAAGCUGUACGCCGGCUCCCUCGGCCAAUAAAGCGAGAUGAGCGCUGCAACCCCAGAGUCGGCCACGACUGGACCUAAUGGUCAGGGGUCCCUUUACCUUUACCUUUCUACUGUAGUCUUAUUAAGCCAGGCCCCCCUGGCUGUGGGGGGUGGGUUGGGAUCCAGCUCUAGCCCUAGUCCUGUGGCCACAAGAGGAGCAUUGGAGCUUCCUUCUCCUGGAAGCAGCCAGGCUGCUUGCAACUUAACCCAUGUCCUUGUAAGGAGCAAUGUAUAUAUGAAGCGCAAUCGUGCAAAGUGCAAUAAAAUGAGGUAAUAAUAAUAAUAAUAAUAAUAAUAAUAAUAAUAAUAAUUUAUUUAUACCCCGCCCAUCUGGCUGAGUUUCCCCAGCCACUCUGGGCGGCUCCCAAUCAAGUGUUAAAAACAAUACAGCAUUAAAUAUUAAAAACUUCCCUAAACAGGGCUGCCUUCAGAUGUCUUUUAAAGAGAAGAUAGCUGCUUAUUUCCUUACUACCGAGAAGGCCCUCUGUCUGGUUCCCUGUAACCUCACUUCUCUCAAUGAGGGAACUGCCAGAAAGCCCUUGGAGCUGGAUCUCAGUGUCUGGGCUGAACAAUGGGGGUGGAGACGCUUCAGGUAUACUGGGCCGAGGCGGUUUAGGGCUUUAAAGGUCAGCACCAACACUUUGAAUUGUGCUCGGAAACGUACGGGGAGCCAAUGCAGAUCUCUCAGGACCGGUGUUAUGUGGUCCCGGCAGUACACCUGUAAUUCCUGCAUUGGCAUCUCUUCAGAAAAGCAGGUGCUCACUACCACCUCUACAAAGAAAUCUGUUUUUCUACUCUUUAUCUAACUUUGAGGAAUUGUGAUGACCAUUACUGGUCAUGUGAAACUACUCUUCUUCUGUUACAGAUAGGGUGCAUUGUACUGGAGACAUGAUGCAUUCAUUUGGCACUUACCUGUUUCCUUUCUUGAAACAGGUCCUUCAGGUGUGGGAGUGAAUGAGCUACGGCGGCGGCUUAUUGGUAUCAACCCUCAUCACUUUCAAAGUGCCGUGCCACGUACGUGACAUUUUUCAUGUAUCCUUAAUUCUAGCAGUAGGAGGAGAGGGGAAGCUUUGCCAAAAGGUUUCAUCCAAGUACACUGGUACCUUGGUUCUCAAACUUAAUGCGUUCCAGAAGCCUGUUCCAAAACCAAAGCGUUCCAAAACCAAGGCUCGCUUUCCCAUAGAAAGUCAUGCAAAAUGGAUUAAUCCAUUCCAGACUUUUAAAAACAACCCUUAAAACAGCAAUUUGACAUGAAUUUUACUGUAUAAUGAGACCAUUGAUCCAUAAAAUGAAAGCAAUUAUCAAUUUACUGUACUAUAAAAUAAAUAAAACAGUAUUGUAGAUGAUAAAAAUAAAAAUUUAAGAAAUUUCUUACCUGCACUGAUGAUAGUCAUUGUUUGGGUGGGGGACUUUUAUCCAUUUCCACAGUCACACAAUCAAUCAAUCAAUCAAUCAAUCAAUCAGUAGCUGAACUGGGAUCCACACAGUCACAAAAACAAAUUAACUGAAAAAGCCUCAAAACAAAAAACGCAAAAUAAAUAGCAAAAAUAAAAGCACCAAAUAUACACUCCAAAUAUCUAUCACCUCAGAACACUGCAAUCAGAAACGGAAGGCUUGAAUUACAGUGGGGGGAGGGAUUAGCAGCACAACAGGAAAAACAGGGGGACUCAAAAUGGAGCACGUUCAACUUCCGAAAAUAAAGUUCAAAAACCGGAACACCUACUUCUGGUUUUGCAACCUUUGGGUUCCAAGUUGUCCGUGAACUAAGCUGUUUGAAAACCGAGGUACCACUGUAAUUAUUAACCGGGGAAUUAACAGGUUUAUAACAGCGCUGCCAUUUUUUCCCCCUUUUUAAACAGACACAACUCGUGCUCAAAAGAGCUAUGAAGAAAAUGGCCGAGAGUACCAUUAUGUGUUGAAGGAAACCUUUGAAAAUAUGGUAUACGGUCACAGGUAAUCCUUAGAUUUACAUUUCUUGCCCUUUCUCCUUAUGUUUCAAAAUCAUGUGGUCGAGAACCAGGACUAACAGUCAGUGGAGUGAAGUACAGUGGUACCUCGGGUUAAGAACUUAAUUCGUUCCGGAGAUCCGUUCUUAACCUGAAACUGUUCUUAACCUGAAGCACCACUUUAGCUAAUGGGGCCUCCUCCUGCUGCUGCUGCGCCACCGGAGCACAAUUUCUGUUCUCAUCCUGAAGCAAAGUUCUUAACCCGAGGUACUAUUUCUGGGUUAGUGGAGUCUGUAACCUGAAGCGUAUGUAACCUGAAGCGUAUGUAACCCGAGGUACCACUGUACUGCUUUAUAAAUACUUCUCAAGCUCUCCAGGGCCAAACUAAGCACAAGAGGACAUUGGCAAGUCUUAAAGCAGCGUUUCCCAAACUUGAGUCUCUAGCUGUUUUUGGAAUACAACACCCAUCAUCCCUAGCUAGCAGGACCCUGUGGUCAGGGAUGAUGGGAUCUGUAGCCCCAAAGCAGCUGAGGACCCAAGUUUGGGAAACCCCGGCUUAAAGCAAUGGAGUGCAGUGCGAGGUAAGAUACAGGAGAGCCGCUCCAGAUGUUCCUUUUAUUUGAACUUGAAAUAUACACGGAAUUGCAUAGUGAUUUCAUGCUCUUUACUGCAGCUCAUAAAACAGUGAGUGAAACCGCUGCCCCCAAAACCUCAGGCUUUAUAUACAUUAUUUACACAAUGAGUCCCAUCUGAUUGGCUGAUUCUGCUUCCUUCCUGGGGUCUGAUUGGGCUGCUCCUGCAGGCCAAUCAGGUUGUUGCAUUCUCGGAUCCUACCUGCUUAUUGUUCUAGGAUCCAAGCUUAGUACAUAACAGAGCUCAUGAUAAUUUCCAGUCCGUGCAUUUCCAAUAGCUUUCUGCUGAUAUCCUCUGACUUUUUAUAGCACAAAUGUUCCAGAGGGACGGGGCGGGGGGGGGGGAGGUUGUCCAGCUAUUGUUGUGCUACAGUGCAAAAGUUCCCCUCCAGUCAGCCGCAGUGCAGCAAUACUAGAGAAGCGAUGCAGAACAUAAUAAUAAUAAUAAUAAUAAUAAUAAUAAUAAUAAUAAUUUUAUUUAUACCCCGCCCUCCCCAGCCAAGGCUGGGCUCAGGGCGGCUAACAAGCAAUAAUAAAAACAAGUUGAAUGAAUGCAACUUAAAAACAAGAUUAAAAUACAACAUUAAAAUAUUGAAACAUUAAAAUAUUAAAAUGCAGCCUCAUCACAGGAGGAGAAAGGAAAAAGGAAAAAGAAAGGGGGAGGGAAUCAAACUGGCUCCAAGCCAAAGGCCAGGCGGAACAACUCUGUCUUACAGGCCCUGCGGAAAGAAGUCAGAUCCUGCAGGGCCCUGGUCUCAUGAGGCAGAGCGUUCUACCAGGCCGGAGCCAGCGUUGAAAAGGCCCUGGCUCUGGUUGAAGCUAAUCUAACGUCCUUAGUGUUGUGACGUGGGGUUUGUGGUUUCAGCUCUCCUGAUAUAACAUGCUGGAGACAGUUCUCUAGUAACACUUCUUUAUUAAAGCAACAAGACUGAAGACUGGGGAGAGGAAAGCUACAUUUAUAGGGACAGGGAACUAGCAAGAAAGGAUACAUUUUGGAGGGAACAAUAUCAGGCAAUCACAGUCCUGCCUUUUGGAGGGAACCAAUAAGACAGAGGAUCCAAAUACAGCAGCUUAAAUGAACCAAUAGUAGCUGUACCCUCUGGAACCAAAAGGCAGUUACUUUACCCUAAUGCAAAUACAGACAAUAAUAAUACAGAUAUAAAAUCCUUUGACUCAAUACACAACACCCCUUCCCCCCUAGUGAGCACAGCAGACGUAAUCUCUCAGGUACUGUGGGGGCCUACAACUUCUACUUGAUCUCCUGACAACAGGUGUUGCAGGUUCUGAAUUGGGUGUUACCUGUGGUAGAGGGGCUGCUCUAGGGGUUUCGUCAGGAACAGAUGGAGUCCCCGACAUCUCAGGGUCCCCUAUCUGUACCUCGUCAUCGUGAGGACUAGCAGACCCUGGUUCAUUUGUUAAAGCCCCUGGUGAUUGCACCUCUGUGCCAUUUUCACUCUGGUCUUGCAGCUCUGCGUCGUUAGCCAGGGAUGAAUUAUCUGGCUCCUCCCUGCUGAGCGCCCGGCGCCUCAGCUGAUCUAUAUGUCUCUUCCACACUUGCCCAUUUUCCAAGGUCACAUAAUAGGACACAGGUCCACUAGCCCGGGUGACCACACCAGCCACCCACCGCGAACCUCGUGAAUAGUUCCUCACCCAGACCAGAUCUUCAGGGGCGAGAUACCUUGUUGUGUCAGUCUCAGCCUGGGGGGUUGCUCUUGAAUUAUGGUUUGGCAUUUUAUCCAGGUGGACAUAAUCCAGCACCGUUACCAGUCUCCUACCCAAGAGCAGCUCAGCUGGCGACUUGCCCGUUGCGGUACACGGCGUCGCAUGCUGCAAAAAUAACAUUCGCGCGAUGCGAGCUGACCAGUUACCCUCCAUUAAGCGCGCAAUGGAUUCUUUGGCUGUUCUUACCAUGCGCUCAGCCUGCCCAUUGGAGGAUGGGUGAAAGGGCGCGGAUGUGACCCCUCUUAUGAAGUUAUCAGCCAAGAAUGCCCUGAAUUCUUGGGAUACAAAAGCUGCCCCAUUAUCUGAUACAAUGGUCUCAGGUAACCCGUGGGUUGCAAACAGCUGCCUCAACACCUUGAUGACGGCAGCUGAUGCCAUGCUAGGGACCAUCGCCACUUCUAACCAUUUGGAAUAUGCAUCAACGAUAACCAAAAAGACCUUUCCUUGGAAUGGCCCAGCAAAAUCUAAGUGCAGCCGGCUCCAGGGAGAUCUGGACUGCUCCCACCAGUGGACUGGUGCUCUGGCCACUUCUGGCCGCACCUCUUGGCAUGCCUUGCAUGUUCGUACCCAUUGUUCUAUGUUCUGGUCCAUUCCAGGCCACCACACAUAACAUCGGGCUAGCGACUUCAUCCUGACCAUUCCCGGGUGUCCCAUGUGAAGCGUCUCAAGAACCCUGUUUCUCAGUGGUGCUGGGAUGAUCACCCUAUCUCCCCACAGGAGACAACCCUUAUGCAUGGACAACUCGUGCUGCCUAGUCGCAUAAGGCCUGAAUUUGUCUUCAUGCGGACCACCUGGCCACCCCCUCCCCACCCAAGUGAGCACACGGGAGAGAACAGCAUCUUUCCUCGUUUUCUCAGCUAUAUCAGUAGCCGUUACAGGAGCCCCGGAAGUGUUUCCAGCAUCAUUAUGUGCUCCGCUGGAGCAGGAUCCUCAGUGCUCCCGCCAGGAAGGGGCAAUCGACUCAGCGCAUCCGCGUGGCACAACCGUUUCCCGGGCACAUGGGUCAAGGUGUACUGGAACCCGUUCAGGAAUAUAGACCAACGUAACAUUCUGGGGGAGAGAAUUUGUGGCGUUUGUUUGUUCGGGUUGAACAACCCUAACAGUGGCUUGUGGUCCGUUUCAAUGUAGAAAUGGCGACCGUACACAUAAUCAUGGAACUUUUUGAUUCCUGCCACAAUUGCAAGCGCCUCUUUGUCAAUUUGAGCAUAGUUGCGCUCCGUGGGCGACAACGUACGGGAAUAGAAAGAGAUGGGCUUUUCCGACCCAUCCGGUUCCCUAUGACUUAGCACCGCCCCCAGGCCGUAUUGAGAGGCAUCACAUGCCAGGACCAGAGGCUUUGACUCGUCAUAAUGAGCAAGGACACUCCUGCUACUCAGCAUUCCUCGCAAGGAGUCAAAAGCCUUCUGCUGCCCCUGCCCCCAUCGCCACACAUUCUUUUUCUGCAACAGUCUAUGUAAUGGUUCAGCUACCGAAGCUUUCUGGGGUAAGAACGAAUGAUAAAAGUUAAUAAGUCCCAGGAAUGACUGCAACUCCGUCUUGUUCUGUGGUCGUGGCGCCUCGAUGAUGGCCUUAAUCUUAGCAUCUGUGGGGUGGAUGCCUGAUGCAUCAAUUUUAAACCCCAAGAAAUCCACAGUUGGCACCCCAAAACUGCAUUUUUCCUUUUCAGUUGCAACCCCACCUCCUUGAACUUGAGCAACACUGCACGAACACGCGCAACCAGUUCCUGUGGGUCUUUUCCAGCAAUCAAAACGUCAUCAAAAAUUGCAAGACCCCCGGCAGACCUCUUAACAGGUGUUCCAUGAGCCCUUGAAAAAUCCCUGGGGCCACACAAACUCCAAAUUGUAAUCUGUUAACUCUGAACGCCCCUUUAUGUGUGACAAUAGUCUGUGCUUCCGCUGAUUGUGGGGUUACUGGCAGCUGUUGGUAAGCUUGUGCCAGGUCAAUUUUGGCGAACACCUUGCCCCCAGCCAGUUUAGCCAACAGAUGUGAUACGACUGGAAUGGGGUAUGAGUUUCCCUGAGUGCCUUAUUGAUAGUACAUUUGUAAUCUGCACAGAUCCUGACUUCCCCAUUUGCUUUAAGGGGCGUGACGAUUGGAGUCUCCCACUUAGCAGAGUCCACGGGUGAGAGAACUCCCUGCUUGACCAAUUUCUCCAGCUCUGCUUCGAUCUUGGGUUGCAGUGCAAAUGGCACUCGCCUUGGUUUGAGUCGGAUUGGGGCCACCCCAGGGUCCAACUCGAAGUCAACUGGGGGCCCUUUAUAACAACCCAGUUUUCCAUUAAAGAGACCAGCAAAUUCUUUGCAUAAUGCCUCGCUCAUCUCAGGGCAGGUUUGGAUUGAAUUAAGCCCUGAUAUACUCAGUCCUAGGGCGGAGAACCAGUCAGUGCCCAGGAGACUGGGGCGACUGCCCUUCGCAAUCACCAGUUUGAGUACAGCCUGUUUGUCCCGGAACUGUACUCUCACGGCACACAUUCCCAUAACAUGGAUGCGGCCCGCUGAGUAUGACUGCAAGGUUGCCGGGAAGGGUUCCAGAGGGGCAACUUACCCCUGGGGAAGAAUGUCCUCGCGGUCUGGUCCGACACGAUAGUGAAUCCAGAUCCGGAGUCCACCUCCAUGUCGCACUGCUGACCCUCAAUCUUCACCUUGACGUGUGCCUUGCCUUGUGCUGGGAACUGCACGACCCUCCCGUUGAUCUCCGUAACGUAGUGGCAGUCCUUUAGAAAAUGGGUUGCUGCGGGCGGUCUGCGAUGCUCCGGUCUAGGUGCUCCUGUCGCUCCCAACGCCGCCGAUCUACAGACCCUGGCGAUGUGACCUGUCUUCCCGCACGUCCGGCACAUAGCAUCCCGGAAACGACAACUCUUCCGCUCAUGGUUUCCGCCACAACCUGGGCACCUGCCUCGGUGAUCUUUGUGCACUGUGCAGGCCUGACUCACUGACUCGACCCCACGGACUGGGCUCUGGCUCGGAGUAGCCUCUAGCUCGUCCAUGGCAUGCGCAACUUCUAUCUGUGGCUUAGGGGCCUUGCGACUGGCAUCAAGCUCCUCUCUUUCAUAAUUCUCCGUGGCGGUGGCCUCCUUCAAGGCUGAAGCAAGGGUAACCUCUUCUUUAGCCACGAUGCGUCUUCUGGCCUUCUUGCUGCUCAGACCACCGAUAAACCGAUCCAGGAGAGUCUCUUCCAGAUUUUGGAAGUCGCAGUGCUGAGCGAGCUUCCGCAGUUCAGCCAGAAAUGCAGAUACAGACUCCCAGCAUGCUGCUGCCUCUUAUGAAACUCCAUCCGCCGAGCCAUCUUGGUCUCAGUAGGCGCCAAGUGGCUUGUUAGGCAGGCAAGAAUAUCUUUGAGAGAUGUCUCACUUAGCUUCGCUGGAGCAAGCAAUGCCUUGGCCAGCUUGAAGGUCUCAGGCCCACAGUAGCUCAGGAAUGUGGCCCUUCUUUUGCUGGCAUCGGUGAUCCCUUGAGCCUCUGCGAAGAACUCGAAGCGUUCGACGUAGUCUUCCCACGUGUCGGGCUCUGAUGGCUGGAAGGGCUCCAAUACCCUUGGACUCUCCAUUGUCCUGUGGCAGGGUCGUCUUCUCAGCUGGCCAGUGAGUCUUGUUCUUAGCUGCAAUCCGGACUCUGAGGCAGGGCUGCGUUUAACCGCUCCUCAGCAUUCCGGAUCCCACCUUCGUCGCCAGUUGUUGUGACGUGGGGUUUGUGGUUUCAGCUCUCCUGAUAUAACAUGCUGGAGACAGUUCUCUAGUAACACUUCUUUAUUAAAGCAACAAGACUGAAGACUGGGGAGAGGAAAGCUACAUUUAUAGGGACAGGGAACUAGCAAGAAAGGAUACAUUUUGGAGGGAACAAUAUCAGGCAAUCACAGUCCUGCCUUUUGGAGGGAACCAAUAAGACAGAGGAUCCAAAUACAGCAGCUUAAAUGAACCAAUAGUAGCUGUACCCUCUGGAACCAAAAGGCAGUUACUUUACCCUAAUGCAAAUACAGACAAUAAUAAUACAGAUAUAAAAUCCUUUGACUCAAUACACAACACUUAGGGCCCGGGACCACUAGGGUGUUGCUAUUUAUGGACCUUGAGGCUCUCCGUGGGGCAUACCGGGAGAGGCGGUCCCGUAGGUACGAGGGUCCUAGGCCGUGAAGGGCUUUAAAGGUCAAAACCGGCACCUUAAAUCUGACCCUGUACUCCACCGGGAGCCAGUGCAGCUGGAAAAGCACUGGGUGAAUAUGCUCCCAUGGCAGAGACCCCGUGAGGAGCCUCGCUGCAGCAUUCUGCACCCGCUGGAGUUUCUGGGACAGAAUGACGUGAGAAUGUGCCGCCGCCAGUGCACUAUCGCGACAUCGGUGACAUGUUGCAGAAUACAGCAGCAAAAGCAAAACACAAGUUCUGGUGGGGCCCCGGAAGGAAAUGUUUUUGCUACCCUCCCCAACACAUUUUGUUCACCUGAAGCACAGGGUGUGAAGGUUUUAAAUACCUUUUGCUUGAAGCAGGCGCCUCUCACCUUGCCCGUCUCCUCCUCCCUUGUUGAUCGCCUUUGCAGAAUGAUGGAAUAUGGAGAGUACAAGGGGAAUCUCUACGGCACGAGCAUUGAUGCCGUACGUGCAGUGCUUGAAGAAGGGAAGAUCUGUAUAGUGGACUUGGAGCCUCAGGUGAGUCAUGGAGAAAAUAAUGUCACUGUCUACAGGUCAUGUGCAAAGCUCUUUGGUUCUGUAUUUGGAUGCUAGGGAGAAUCUGAAAUGAAAUUUGAAACAAACGCGGUCUGGAGCACAAAUAAAAUACAAAUAUGACAAGGCUAGGGAUGAAUAAUAUCCAUGUAUGUAAUAUAUAUAAUGUUAGGGCCGCGGGUGGCGCUGUGGGUUAAACCACAGAGCCUAGGACUUGCCGAUCAGAAGGUCGGCGGUUCGAAUCCCCGUGACGGGGUGAGCUCCCGUUGCUCGGUCCCUGCUCCUGCCAACCUAGCAGUUCGAAAGCACAUCAAAGUGCAAGUAGAUAAAUAGGUACCACUCCAGCGGGAAGUUUCGUGCGCUGCUCUGGUUCGCCAGAAGCAGCUUAGUCACGCUGGCCGCAUGACCCGGAAGCUGUACGCCAGCUCCCUCGGCCAAUAAAGCGAGAUGAGCGCCGCAACCCCAGAGUUGGUCACGACUGGACCUACUGGUCAGGGGUCCCUUUACCUUAUAUAAUAUAAGUCGGUACCCGGAAAAACUGCGGACAAACAUCGGCUCCCUCGGCCAGUAAAACGAGAUGAGCGCCGCAACCUGGACUUAACGGUCAGGGGUCCCUUUACCUUUACCUUUUUUUAAAUCAUGAUUUAAUUCUGUUUGAAAAUUAAUAUGGCAUUGCUACCGAAGGGUGCCUGGACUACGAAUGGUCAGUAAUACUAUUUUUUUGUCGCUGGCGUUCUUUAAUAUAUGUAAACCGCAGAGAGGAUAGAUUCAGUCCUGUUGAAGUCAGUGCAAAUGCAUAUUUGAAUUGUAGCCUCUGUCUUUUAAAUAUACAGUUAUUUUUAAUCAGAAUAAAACCUGAAAAAGAUAAAUGCAUUUAUCUUGUCUGAAUGCAAUGCAUCAAGUUGAAAUGGCCGUGGGGUUUUUUGUGUUGUAUUUUUCUCUUGCAGAGUAUUCCACUGGCUCGUACUCAUGAACUAAAGCCCUACAUCAUAUUUAUUAAGCCAUCAAGCUUGAGCUGUAUGAAGCAGUCCCGGAAAAAUGCUCGGAUGAUCACAGACUACUAUGUGAAUAUGAAAUUUAAGGUGAGAGAAGGGGAGGAGAGAGGUGGGGAUGGAUUGAUGUGAUAUAGCGUGAAACCCAACCACCUCCUUGAUAUGCCUUUGUACGCAAAAUAUCUUCAAAUCCAUGCUGCGAGGAAGAUAAUCAUUUCAAUUUUAUGGAUGAUAUUGGGGGGGGGGCGACUCUGAAAUAGUGAAAUCCCUAAAAUUACCCUGACAAUUAAGCUUGAAGUCAGAUCUGAAGUCAAUUAAUCCAAGUCCACUGUUACACACACUAGUACUCUUUAACUUUUUAAAAGCCUCAUAUUUAUCGCAUCACACAUUUUUAAAAAACCUCUUUGGGUCAACAUUGUGGGAGUAAGAGAAUUCUGACAUUUAGAGGUUUAUGUUUUAUUGUGUUUUAAAUAUUUAGUUGGGAGCCACCCAGAGUGGCUGAGAAAACCCAGUCAGAUGGGUGGAUGAUAAUAAUAAUAAUAAUAAUAAUAAUAAUAAUAAUUUAAUAGUUUUAUUUGGCCUCUUUAAAUAUGGUUAUGCCUCCCUCUUUGAAGCCUACCCAGCAGGAGAACCUUGAUUUCUGUGUCUCCCUUCUCCAAUAUUCAGUUCUUCCUUUUUUUCCCCUUGAGUCUAGUUCAAAUACAACAGCAGGGAGAGUGUUUAGGAUAGAGUCUAAACCACAGAGUCUAGGACUUUCUCAUCAGAAGGUCGGUGGUUCGAAUCCCCGUGACGAUGUGAGCUCCCAUUGCUCAGUCCCUGCUCCUGCCAACCUAGCAGUUCGAAAGCACGUCAAAGUGCAAGUAGAUAAAUAGGUACCGCUCCAGCGGAAAGGUAAACGGGGUUUGCGUGUGCUGCUCUGGUUCGCCAGAAGCGGCUUAGUCAUGCUGGCCACAUGACCUGGAAGCUGUACGCCGGCUCCCAUGGCCAGUAAAGCGAGAUGAGCGCCGCAACCCCAGAGUCUGUCAUGACUGGACCUAACGGUCAGGGGUUCCUUUACCUUUACCUUUACCAAUGCCUUACAACCUCGCAGCACCUGUAUGGACGUGCCAUUUGUGAAAGCCAGCUCCAGAAUUUCAUUCAGCAAUUGUGGUUUGUGUGAUUUGCAGGUCUUCAGACUGGGUUUCCACAACCACACUAAUCACGGCAGCCAAGUAGACAGCCCCAUGUGGAGGUGCUAUAAACUGUGUAGUAGCACAAAUGCUUAUUCUGUAUUACUAGACUCAAGAAGAACACAACUAUCAAAAUGGGCAUUAGAUUAGCACUCUAUUCAGCUGAUAUUGAAAAGCAGAAUGGAAAUUGUAGUUCAUGAAUGAUUUUGAAGUACAACUGGACUCUUAUCUCUUUAUGGAUACAUGUUGAAGUUUUUAUGGAUUUUAUUUACACCAAGUUACAAUUUUUACACAGGUACAGUAUACAGUGGUACCUCAGGUUAAGUACUUAAUUCGUUCCGGAGAUCCGUUCUUAACCUGAAACUGUUCUUAACCUGAAGCACCACUUUAGCUAAUGGGGCCUCCUGCUGCUGCCACGCCGCCGGAGCACAAUUUCUGUUCUCACCCUGAAGCAAAGUUCUUAACCCGAGGUAAUAUUUCUGUGUUAGUGGUGUCUGUAACCUGAAGCGUAUGUAACCUGAGGUAUCACUGUACACUGAUCUGCCCUAUAAAAAAAAAAUACUGUGCAGUUUUCUAACUGACAUCUUACCUUGAGAAAUGUUAAGAGUAGUCACCCCGUUGGUCUUGAAAUAAGCCAUUAUUCGCCAUGUCUCUAAGUUCUUCCUUGAGCUUCUUGUUGCUUUGCUCUCUAUAGGAAGAAGAUCUGCAGGAGAUGGAAGAGUCAGCUAAGAAAAUGGAAGCCCAGUUUGGUCAGUUCUUCGAUCACGUGAUUGUGAACGACAAUUUGCAGGAGGCUUGCAUGCAGCUACUGUCUGCUGUGCGCCGGGCGCAAGAUGAGCCCCAGUGGGUCCCCGCAACGUGGAUAUGCUCAGAAAAUCAGCCAUAAUUAUCAGAGCUAUACAGUUCCACAAAAACGAUAGUUCAUGUCUCACAGCAUUCAUAACCAUAAUACUGGGAUUGCCAGAGAGAAUAUAUCAUUCUUCGCAGGGAAUUUUGGAGAGGAUUAGGCAAAAAGCUAAAUUAAUGUUUGGUGUGGCAUUCUUAAGCAUUGUAUGUUCAGUAACAUUAAUUUUGUACCAAAAAAAAUUAUAUUGCUUUGUUGUAGUGUAAAAAUAUAAUGGUUAAGAAUAAUAAAAGAAUAUAUUUUGUUGC